UCUGACUGGUUUCUCGUCUCUUUUGCAAACAGAAUUUUAUUUCCUGAAAUGUGACUUGUGGUUCUUUUUAUUUAUUUAUUUAUUUUAAUUUUGGACAAGCGUUUUGUGGACCAGACGGUGAAAUAACGCAGCCGCUGCUACCAGCUUUACGCAUGACUUCGCCGCGUUACCGUCUUUAAACCAGCGCUCUGCUCACGUCGAUUCCAUACGUGGACUACUAAAAUCAUAAUUACACAAAGACAGUCCUCAGAUAAGUGCGCAUUUUUUCAUUUAUACAGUUUUUGACGAAAAGACGCUGCGCGCUUAAAAUGGCAGAUCCGUGCGUUCUGGUUGGAUUUGCUUGGAAAAGAAGGUGCUUAACCUCUCCCCUGCCAGUUCUUCAUGGUCAUGACCUGUCAUCAAGCGCCUUCCACAGCCCUUCUAGUCCUACUGGUCCUGCUCACUAUCACUCCACAGCUGGCUGACGCCGCCCCUGUGUGGGGUGAUGGAGGGGAGGGAGGGGUGGAGGGGCGCACCCGGACAGAUCGCAAAGAGGACAGCCUCGCCACCCCCUUUCUCCCGCUCCCGCUCCAGACUCUCUCGAGCGCCAUCAAUGCAUCGUCAGACCGGGGCAGAGCACUCGGUCAGGAGAGCAGAUUAGAUCAAGCGAGAGACCCUGCACAGGUGCUCGCAGUUCUCCUGGAGGCCAUGGACCACCCGGAGGAAGGUGGCAGGCAGCAAAGCAAAACCAGAGACUGGGAAGAGGGUCAGAGUGAGGCGCCACUCUUCAUCAAAGGCUUUGAGGGUGGUCAGAUAAGGAGAAUGGCUGAGACACAGGGAGCAAGAAGGGCUGUGGAGGAGGAGGAGGGGGUGGGGGUGGGGACUGGUAAGGGCAUUGAACAGCUAAUUGUAGGCCAUUUGACAGCUGUUGUGGGUGGUGACUUCAAGGGAAAGGAGGAGGAAAAUAAAAAUAUCAGAUCCGCGGAAGAUCGAGGCCUCUCCGUGGAGGCUGGAGGUGCUGGCACAAGUGAGGAGCAAAGAAAAGAAGAGGACCAUGAGCAGCAGGAGGGAAACAACUUAGAAAGUUUCUUAGAGAAGGCAGCUUCACAACGAGAUGAUCCCUCACUGCAGCGCAAAAUAAGAGGCUACUUCCAAAACAUUGACUUGGGUCUUCAAGACAAUGAGAUCCUGCCUCCUCUGAAAGGCUACAAGGCAUAUAACACUCAGCUGGCACGAGCAGGAAAGAAGCUGCACUGGCAGGACAACGAGGCACGUGACAGACCCGUCAAAGGAGGCAACUUCAUGGAUGACUUUGAGGAUGAAGGAGAGGAGCUGGAGGAGGAGGUGGAGGAAGAAGAGGAGAGUCUCUCCCAAAUGGAAGAAGAAGCAAGGGCCCGCGCAGAGAAACAGGAGGUCCUCAGACAGCAGGAGGAGGCAGAGCGGGCGAGAGAGGAGGAGCAGAGGCUGGCAGACAUUGCCUCUGACAUGGUGCUGCAGUACAUGGGGAGGAAACAGCAGUCGUACAUGAAACCUCGGCAGAAGAGCAGCACGGGAGCUGCCAGCAACACUGCUGAGGACAAGCGCUCCGAGGAGGUCAUCUCCGAUGAAGACGACAUGGACCAGCAGAUGAUUGACAGGUUGAUUGAGAUCAGCAGUAAGCUGCACCUGCCGGCGGAUGACGUGAUCGAGAUAAUUAGUGAUGUGGAGGAGAAGAAGAAGAAAAGGAAGGAGCUGCAGCAGCAGCCAUCCAAAGGCAGUCCUGUUGCACCACGCUUCCGGCCUCUGGUACCUCCUCCAGUGGCUGCCCCACCCAUGUACCACUACACAGCCUCAAAAAACACCAAGAAGGUCCCUUAUAAGAACAAAUCCAACAAGAAAUGGCAUAAAGACAAAGUUAAGUCAUACAAACAGGACUACUGGUAUAAGCCUCAAAAGCAGCUUGACUACUGGUAUAAACCCCAGAAACAGUUUUUAGCCUUCCCUUCCUAUCCAUACUACCAGAAGCCAUAUCGAGCAUACUACCCUGUGUACUUCCCAUAUCCCAAAUCACAGUAUUAUGGCAAACCCUUCCCCUCCAGAGACCAGACGUUUGGCCCUCAGGAACUUGACCUCCAAGCACCAAGGCAAAGGCCCUGGUCUGCGGGUAAGAACCGUGUACAGGGCUGGAGGCAGCCACCCGUGCCCCGUCUGCCUCUCACCCCUUAUAUCUCUAACUAUAUCCUUCCUCACCCACGGACCUAUCAACCCCUUCCUCCUCCAAAACCAAUAACCACGCCCAGGAGGGGCAGGCGACCUCCAUAUUACUACCAGCAUGUGACACCGGGAGAUGACUAUGAGGAGGAUGGUCUGGUGCCUCAGCUAGAUAGUGAGGAGGAACUGGAAAACUUUAUUGAGAGGAUCUACAUGAAGCGCAGAAUGUACUGAGAGACAUUUUGGACAUUUGUCAGCGCAGAGACACUGACAAAGAUGGGAAAGAUAUGGCUGAAGUAAAGUAAACAGAGGUGUAAAAGGACUCAGUGGCAAUUAGAUAAGGAAUCUGGUGCCUGGUUGAGAUCUACCGAUAAAGAAGUAAAGAGUGAUAAUUAUGUUGUUUUACUCACUGUAACUUUACGUUGUUGUUUUCGGUCAGGGAG